UCAUUGUAAUUGCAAAGUAGGCAAUAUAGUUAGUGUGUAGGAAUAUCGUACCUAUUUUGUUUGACGUCAAAAUCGCCAUUUUCCGAGGAAAGAGAGCCAGACUGUUGUCAAGCGAAGUUUCCCUUGAAAAUGUCUGACGUUGAAGAAUCUAACCAGCCCCAGCCACAGCCCCAACCACAGCCCCAACCACAGCCUGACAAGAAGGCUUUGGAGCAGAGGGAGGCUGACAAACUCAAGGCCAAGUACCCAUCUUUAAGCAACUCUGGCGGCUCAGCACUACUCCACAAGAGACUGGCAAAAGGACAAAAAUAUUUUGACUCUGGUGACUACAAUAUGGCCAAGGCAAAGAUGAACAACCCGAAGAGACCUCUUGCACCCAAUGAAAAACUUUUCUUGCAAGAAUCAAUUGGAGAAACUAUUCCAACCCCAGAAACCCUUCCACCUCGCAAACCUUCAAUAGUGACAAGCAAACUUGCGUCAGGAGCACUCUCUUGAUUGGCCAAUGGCAAAGUUCGUAAGAGACAAUUUGGCUAAGGGGAGAUAACUCUAAAGGAAGGCCAAUGACUGAAACAGUAUCUUGGUUGACAUUGUUAUGAUGGUUACUGUAAGCUUGAACUGACCUGGAUGGAUGUGUAUAUAGGGGCGUGUUCUCACACAAUCACACUCACAGGGAUCUACAUGAGUAUUCCUUCGUUUUAGUUUAUCAGACAUACAUCGUUAUUCAUGUGUAAUUAGUAAUCAUGGUAGUGGAAUGAAGACCUUUAGUGUUUGGUUUCCUCUUGCUUGUGCCUCUUUGUUGCAGAGCUUUUGUCAAGAGUUAGUGUGCAUGUCACCUGCAGAAAUACCCUUGUAACUAGAUAUCAUAGUGGUGCUUUUUGAUUUCAUACCUUUGAAAGUGGUGUUCCCAUAUCACAGUAGUCCCUAUCAAGCAUAUCAAGCUAGAAGAUGAAUUCCCAGUAGAAUGAAUGGCUUUUAUGAUGAAUAUCUCUUGAGCACAUCAAUAUCAUUCAAUAUUCUUGUUAAUUAGUGACCUGGUUUCAUCUCUUCAUGCUUUAACUCUCCCACAGCUAUCUGAUGCAUGGUAUGCUUAGCCCUGGUAGAAAGCAUAAUAUCAGCUGAAUGAGACACUUCAGCCAUAAGUGGGUAACAAAAGCUCACAGGUGUUGAAAUUAACAGAAUAAUUUAUCAGAUUGGCGUUUGCCCACAAGCCAAGAUGUCGAGGUUCCCUGAGGGCUAGUAGAAUUUCAGGCUUUAUCAGGGUGUCCUUGUAUGUUGACACUAGUUAAGUUGCGUCCUGUUUGAUUUACUUUAUUUUGGACAUGGUUAAAUACAAAUAUAUGAGAGAAAACUCUGGACCUUACAUUUGUAAUGUAUAUAAUCAAAAUUGAAAUUAACAUGUGUUCUAAUCACUCCAUUUGUCUUUUCUUCAUUGUUGUUGAAAAAUGUACAGGCUCUUUAUCCUUACUUUUCUUGAAGGCCUCUCUUGUAUAUAGCUGCCUUGUUUCUGUUCAUUGGGCAGAUAAUGAAGACAAAGAAAUCACUUCAGGGCUGGAACUGGUAGCAAGUAGUGAAAUAGCACCUGUGAGUCAUACGGUAUUUUGCUACCUGAGAAAUAUGUAUGGUAGUAAAUGACAGACAUGUAAGAGGACUUGUCACCUGUUUUUCUGGUUUGCAUCUGCACAGUUACUACCCAGGAAACUCUUCCCACUGCUUAUAUACACACUGUUAAUCAAAUGAUAAUGGAGAAAAAUAAAAUGGUGAUAAAAUCAUUUGUGUUAUUUCAUUAAAACGUUGGGAUUUGCUACAAUAGAAGUACCUCAGUGUCAAGUAUUUUCUCCACUGCUAGUGGAGGCACGGACAUGAUGAACUUGUGUUUUGGCAUCAUUAUGUGUAGACUUCAGUUUGAAAGUAUUGGCAUCUAUUAUUACGGAAAUGCAUUAUCCUGACUGAGACAUUGGAGGCGAAACUUUGUUUCUUUGCAGAAAAAAAAGAAGUAAAUUUCUAGCCCUCCCCUUUCUCUAUAUAAUCAAUGAAAGCUUCAUGCAUGGAUCCCUAGUCCUUAUUUCUUGUUUUGUAGAUGUCUUUUAAAAGCUUAUCCUAAAUUUGUCCGAAGCUUUCAUAUUUACUACUUCCUACAAUGGAGAAAUAUUAUCCAUGAUGGCUCGUAUUACAGGUGCGGCCAGUAUGUUAAAGAUUGUUGGAAUAUAUUGUGAAAAGUUUGAAUGCAAGCGAACUGUGUGCAUCACAUGUGUAUUCAGAAUAUGUAUAUAUGUAGGUCUUGUUUGUCAUUUAUUGUUGUAUUUGUGGCCAUAUCUCUCUCAUUUAAAAUGAGGAACACAUUUUCAAAAGCCUGGUGUACAUAAUCGUACAAUGUUCAGAAAAAUUUGAUGACUAAAUGUAUGGGAUAUGGCAUCAGAAUGGUACACUGAACACAUCUGUUAUGUAUUUAACCUGGUUAAAGUAAUCCUUUUAUUCAGCUGCAAAUUUGCCAGAAAACUUUUUCCUCAACUUAGAAAUACAUUCAAUGUUUCAAGGACCUUGUGUAUGUGAUCCAGAUGAAUUAAUGUUACAGGAUUACAUCAGUAUGUUUUCCUUCUGUUAAAUAUUUUUCCAGCAUUAAUUGUGCUAUGUGUUUGUGUCAGUUAUAAUAGAGUAUUGUUUCAGUUAUAUAGUUGCACCUGAGAUUCAGAAAGUUGUAAGUUACAACAAAUAUCACAGUAAUGAUUCUUAUUUAGUGACUAUAUCUUGGUUUCAUAACUAAGCAACAUUUUGAAGUCCAUUUCUUUCAUAGCAAUCUGUACAAAGUAUAAAAAGCUUUCAAGUUGAAGCUAAUCUCUUUGUCAAAAUCAUGCAAUGAUACAAAUAUUCAACUGUUGGAAAUAAUUAUGUAUUAAUUUUAUGUGUUCAGACAUUUAGUGCAUGCUUUGUAUGAGUAGGAAGUGAAAUAUAUGGACACAGGGUUACAGUUGGAAGAUGUUAUGAUGAAAGCAGCCUGACUAAAAGUUGAUGAAAACUAGAAACGUCUUCGUCUGUUCUGUUGUGGUGAAUCUAUGUCUUGUGAAAGAAGAACAAUAGAUGCGUCAAUAUCAAAUGUACACUGUUGUUUUAAAUAGAACCAUCAAGCUUUAUAAACUACGCAGGAAUUUUAUCUGAAAUAAAGUUUGAUGUUCAGUUUC